AUGGCUACCACUCCAGAUGGAUCACUCAUUCUUCAGAAAUUAUCUCCACCCGCUAACGUAGAUUUGCAAGGUGGAACUUUGCUGGAUGUAAAAGAGUUCGAUGAAGUUGAUGAGACAGAUGGAUGCAAGGUACACGUCACCGAGUAUCACAUUCUUUCUGCGGAUGGUCAAGAGGAGAUGACGAAAACUUGUCGAAGAAAGUUAAAAAUUGAAUGCAAUCAAAGCACUAGGAAAACCGAAAUUGCUAAUGGUCGGGAAGCUUUGAUCGAAGAAAAAACAGAACGAUUAUUUGGUGAUAUCGAUGGUUUCCGACAGCCAAUAGUCCUCAUUGAUAGAUCUAAGGCUCUUAUGGAUUUUUCUAAUCCUGAGGAUUCAGCAAUUAGUGCCGUAUUGCAAAAGACACAGGAAAAAUUUCUUAACAUGUUAAAUGAACAGAAAGAUCAGCUUAUAAAUAAGUUUCCUGAACUAUUUUCUGAAAUGAGAACAAGUUCAUCGCUUUCGAAUACUCCACAAACUGAAGUUGAAACGGUUGUUAAUCCAGAUGGUAGCACCACAACACGAAUGCGCUCUUCCAGAGCCUACAGUACACGUUUUUCAAAGCAUGAAAUGUACAUAAAUGGUGUGAAACAGGAAUCGAAGAGCAAAUUCAGAGCUUUCAUGGAAUAUAAAGGUCCAGAUGGAGGUUUCAAAGUGAAACUACGUGAUACCUCUGGAGAUGAUGAUCUUUCGGAGGAAGAAGCAGAUGAUGUGAGCGAUGAUGUUGUGGUAGAUGCACAGUCGCAAAUCUCAGAAAUCCCAGACGCACAGUCUGUGGUAAUUUCAGAAGGAAGCAUGAAUCGAGUACCAGCAAUGAAGGAAAAAAUCAAAAAACGUACCGAAAAAGCCUGGCUUGCUGCUAAAGAACUAGUUGAUUCGGAACAGCGAUAUGUUGACAAACUACGUCUGCUUGAUGAAACAUUCCGCAAGAAAAUUGAUGAGGAGAAAAUCUUGGAACGGGACAGAAUAACACAGCUAUUUGCAAAUAUAUCCAGUUUGCAUCAGUUUCACAACACCCAUUUAUUGCCUGCAUUGAUGGAAAGUUCACGAGAUUGGCAUACCACUCACAGAAUCAGUGAUGUUCUUCGAAAACGUGCUCCUUUCCUGAAAAUGUAUUCCGAAUACACAAACAAUUACAAACGGGCGACCAAGGUUUUCGACGAAUGCUUGAAAAAGAAACGGCGUUUUGCACAAAUUGUACACGAAAUUGAGAUGAAACCUGAAUGCGAAAAUCUACCUUUAGUUUCACAUCUGAUAUGUCCAGUGCAACGUGUCAUGAGAUAUCAGUUGUUAUUGCAGGAAUACAAAAAGCAUUUGGAUCCUUCAGAUGUUGAUUAUGACGAUACAGAAGCUGCUCUGGGUCUGGUCCUUGAUGCAGCAGGUCAUGCAAAUGAGAUGAUGCGUAAAUUGGAUCGUUACAAAAACGUGCUAGAAGUUCAAGAGCAGCUUGGCAGUGCAGUUUCAUUGGUAUCACCAGGCCGCGAAUUAAUCCGCAAGGGAAAGGUGAUGAAGAUAUUGUCAUCAUCAGAAAAGACUGAAGAACGGCAUUUGUUUCUUUUCAAUGAUUUAUUACUUCUUGCUUCGGAAAGGACACUGCCUGGUUUUGCUAAACUUAAGGUUCGAGCAAUAUUCGAUACAACAUUAGCACAGAUUUGUGAAGGUGAUAACCUUGAACGCGAAAAUUCGUUUUAUUUGCGUGGUUCCGACUCACCAAAUGGUCCAUCCCGCUGCAUAGAACUGAUGACCGAAAACAGCCAAGAAAAAAGUGAAUGGAUAGAUGCAGUUUGGAAUGUUAUCAGUGAAAGUUUAUCACGCAAGAAAUCCUUCAGUCCACCGAUACCGACCAUCAUAUCACCGCGAUCUGAAAAUCGCUGUUGUGCAAAAUGUGACACCGAAUUCUCAUUCAUCUCAAAGGGUACUGCAUGUGCUCAUUGCGCGCAGCGAUUCUGUAAAAAGUGUUUCGGGAAGCUGCGCAACGAAGACAAAAACAUGCGUAUUUGUGACACUUGCCUGCGACAGCGUGAGUAUUCCCAAACAAAAGAAAAUACUCCGAAAACACGAACAAACCCGCUAUUAAUAGGAGCUAAAGAAGGUGAAAUACUGUAUGCCAGUUACGUUAAAUUCCGUGGUUCAUUGAACAAGCCGUUAAAGAGAUAUUUCGUCGUGCGUAAGGACUUCUGCUUAUAUUCCUACGCUUCUGAUAGCGCAGAGAGCGCCCUGGCAAUGCUUCCGCUUCCCGGUUGUGAAGUUAAAAUGAAUAAUGAGCGACUUACAUUUACCAUAAGGCAUAUGCAACGACAAUAUAUAGUUAGUGUGGAGAGUGAAGAUGCGCAAAUAAAGUGGAUGGCUGUACUGGAUCUCGCUUCUAAUGCUGUACUCAGGGAGAAGACUAAUUCGUGA